UGAUGCGACUGUUGCAAGUACAGAGAAGAUGCCAAGAUGCCUUGGUUUGUCUUUGUCUCCCAGGGUCCCAGGCGUUCGUCCUCCGCGAUGAGUCCUAUCCUCAGCUGGAAAAGUUGAAAGAGGACCUGCAAGAAUACCUGAGAAAUGUGACCAGUACUGUGAAUGAAAAGAUAGACUUCAUCCGAAGGUUGGAGAUCACCCAGUCGCUGGUAGACCAGCUCCACAAGGGCUACGCCAAAGUGGAGCAACGCGUGCGCAACUUGAAAACGGAGCUCCCCACGGAGGUGACCCAGGGCUAUGAACACGUGGUUGGGGUCUCCAUGGGGCUGGUUGAGAAAGGCCUUGGUGCCUUGAGGGGCUUGAAGAACAAGGUGGCCCCUGCCACGGAUAAGCUGGCCGAGUCCUUCUAUGACAUUGUGGUCCCCUAUGCCAACGUGGUUCUGGAAAAGGUGGAUUCGUACACCGGCGCCAUGCGCCAAGCGGUCACUGAAGCCACCAGCAAAGUGCAAAACCCCAAACUGGCGGAGAAGCUGAAGCAGCUGCUGGAAGACCUGAGGAACCAGUUAGUGCCUUACACUAACCAGCUCCAAAACCAGUUGGAAGGGUUUCAGGCUUCCUUGGAGCCUCACACCAACCGGGUGCAAGAGAAGUUCAAGCAAGGCAUGGAGAGGAUCAAGCAAACUUUCCAGCCCUGGGUUGACUCC